CAGCUGCGAUGCCGAUCUGUCAUGGCGGUGCUGUGUUUGUGAACUUGCAAGUAGUGAUGUUGUUGUAGUGGUGGUGGUGCUAACGGAACGUAAAUAAGCAGAAACCAAACCAGCCAGUCUGUUGUAAAUCUUGGCUCUAAGAAUCUCUCGCAGCAAAAUGAAAGUAACCGUCACAACUUUAUCGGACGACUUGUUCGUUUUAGACGUAAGCGAAGAUUUAGAACUUGAAAAUUUUAAGGCUUUUUGUGAAGUGGAGACCGGGUUCCCGGCGCCGGAGAUUAAUAUUGCAUUCAAUGGUCGUCCACUUUUGGACGACAAGAAGUCUCUUAAAGAGCACGGCAUUCAGGAUGGUGAUAUUGUUGUCCUUCAGCAUAUUCAGCAAAGAGGUCCGCCGAUGCACAGUGCUGGAGGACUUCCUUCGUUAGAUUUUAGUUCAAUUCAAGUUCCUGGCUCGUCUUCGUCUAGCUCUGAUCCAUCACGUCCAAGGCCUGAUGAAGAUCCUAAGGCUAUCAAGGAGAUGUUAUUGUCUCAUCCUGAACAAUUGGCACUUCUGAAACAAAAUAAUCCGCGGCUUGCUGAUGCACUUCUAUCUGGAAAUAUGGACUCAUUCACUGCUGUGUUGCAAGAGCAGAUGGCAGCAAGAAGAGAUCAACAGGAAAAAUAUAGGAGGAUGGUGGCUGCAAACCCAUUUGAUGCUGAAGCUCAGAGAUUAAUAGCAGAGGAAAUCAAGCGGAAAAACAUUGAAGCCAAUAUGGAAGCAGCCAUUGAGUACAAUCCAGAGACAUUUGGCAGCGUGGUUAUGCUCUAUAUUAAUUGCCGUGUCAAUGGUCAUCCUGUUAAAGCCUUCGUUGACUCUGGUGCUCAAGCUACAAUUAUGUCAAGUGCCUGCGCUGAAAGGUGCAAUAUCAAUCGCCUAGUGGAUACACGUUGGUCUGGUAUAGCCAAAGGUGUUGGAGAGCAACGUAUUAUUGGACGUAUACAUAUGAUGCAAAUUCAGAUUGAAAAUGACCAUCUUACCACAUCAUUUUCUGUUCUCCAAGACCAGCCAAUGGAUAUGCUUCUAGGUCUUGAUAUGCUUCGUCGCCAUGAGUGUGUUCUGGAUUUGAAAGCAAAUUCUCUUCGCAUUGGUACAACCGGUACAGAAACAAGAUUUUUGCCAGAAAACGAGCUGCCAGAGUGUGCCCGCCUUACAGGCAAUCCUGAAGAUGCAGUUCGUCAGGUAGAAAAAAUGGAAAUGGAGAAAGCUUUAGCUGAUAGUCGUCGUGAUACAGCCGCUGGUAGCUCAGGAGCAUCAACAAGUGGGUCAGGUCUUGCACCUAAUGAUACCUUUGGAGAGGAUGCUGUGCAAGAGUUAAUUGCUAUGGGAUUCCCAAGGGAUCAGGUAGUAAUAGAGUUAAGAAACUUCAAUGGAGAUAAAAAUUCUGCUGUUGCAGCUCUUUUGGCCAAGUCUUUAAAAUACUAAUACUGUACAUUGACUGUCUUUCUAUUGGUUAUUUUUUUAUGUUCUGAAUAUUUUUAUGAUUACAAUGAUUACAUGCUUCAAAGCUAAAUAAGGGUGUUGAAAAUCUUAUUCUUUAAUGAUGAUACUCACUGUGGUACUGGAUAAAAAGGAAACAAAUUAUAAAUUUAUAUCUAUCUAUCUAUUUUUUUUUAUAAAUUGCAUUUCUUACCAAAGAUGAUAUCUCUUCAUGCAAUUGGGUUGUGUUACACAUUUAUUUAAAAUUGUGGCUCGCCAGAGUUUUACCUUUUUUAAUACAGUACUUAGUUUGGUUUUCUAAAUAGCCUAAGCCUGGUUUGUUGAUUUUUGUUCCCAUUUAUCUUGUCAUGUGUUGCCUAUGCCACACAGAUUGCUUAAAGUCCAUGAUGGUAGAAGUACAAGUCUGUGCAGGUUUUGAUGAGAAAUAUCACCGAGUGUGGGCUAAUUCUUAUGCAAAGUGGUGCAAGUAUAUGAAUGUCCAUCAACCAACCAUACAUUAACUGAGGCUGAAUCAAGAACAGUUUCUAUCAUCAAGGCUUGGAGGACGUUGGAACUACAAUUUGUGCAGAACUAUGAAUCCUUAUUGGUAUCUAUUCUAACCUUGUGUAAUGGACAGAUUUGGGGAUUUGCAUUCUUUGCUCGGCAUUUCAUUUUUAUUUUUUUGUGGAAAAUUGGAUUCAGCCAUCCUAGGUAGAUUAAUUUUCUAGCUCAAUAUUAAUCUUGAGCACCUAUUUUUUAAGAUGUUUGGUUUUGUAAUAAUUUUUAGAACUUUUUAAAACAUCCAUUCUAGAUUUGUCAUUUCCAAGUAGGUUUUUGAAUUGUAGGGGAUAAAUCACUCACAACAAAGAUACACCUAAUUUUUGAAAGAAAAAAUUGAAAAACAUUUGAUGUAUAGACCAAUCAAAAUGUGUUUUUCCAACUGGAUAGGUAUGCAGUUGUUAAGGCAUCCUGAGAUUUUAUGGUCUGGAAAGAAUGUGUUCCACACUGCUUACUUGACUAAAUUUGAUCAAAAAAAAACAAAAAACAAAAAAAACUCUCAACCUAACUGAUUAAAAAAAAAGGUACCAAUGAAAGUUGAGUCUACUGCACCUCAUUUUUUGUGCUUGUCAAUUAACUACCUGCCUGUUUUACUUCUUUGUGUUCUAACCUUGUGAUAUCUAAUGUUACAUUACAUUAUGGAUACAUUUUUUUGAAUAAGGUUUUUCUGUAAUACACAUUUACCAAUAGAUAUGUACUUACGUAAUUACAUAUACAUUUAAGUGCUGUGCUA